AUAUAUAUGCACAUAUUUGCAUUAUGUCAACUACCGGUUCUGUGCAUAUUUACAACCAUAUUUAGUGCAUACUUACUCCGAGUAGGAUUUGUGCCCAUUUUUCGGAAAACUUUAUACUUAAGAUGAUCAGGCUCACCGUUUACCAUUACGCCGUACUUUACGUUUCCAUAUUUUUUGGCCAAUAUUUACAUUACUUGUUUGUAUCAUAAAGAAGUGAAACUGGGGAUAUUUUUUAUUGAGUUCAAGUCAAUUUCGCAGCAAACUAUUUGUACUCGAACAUUUCCUAUUGACGAGGAAGUGACCAGCAAAUAUUUAUUAUUUAUGUGACAUCCCGUAUUUGGUUCAUACGUCCACAGUUUCAAAGAACGCCGGAGUGGAGACGGUUUGAAAUUUUACAAAUUAAUAUUAUACUUCAAAAAUCUACAGGAUAUUACGGAAAAUUUGUAGCCCUACAUCCUUCCAAAUGCGAGAUGGACGUAGUUAAUAUAUCGGACGACUCCUUGUCUUCGGAUCAAACCUGCACUCCUGCCUUGGCAGUUGAGAAGUUGAACCAUGCAAAUCUUGCAAAUUUCGAAGGACUGAAAAAAUCACAUAUAAAGGAGGAAGAACUUUCAGAGAUGUUUUCAAAUUGGAACAUAGUUUAUGAUAAAGAAUGUGGGACCUCAGUUACAAUCGAUGGGAAUACCAGAGUCAAAAUUUCAAGGAAGCCCAAAACCAACCUUACAACGACCACUAAAAAGAAACUCAAGCAUAAAAACACGUCGUGCCUUAACCUCAGAAUGUUCUACACAAAAGGAAAACCCAAAUCGGUAGCAGACCUUCCAUGCGGCUCAACUUCAAGUCCUGGGAAUAACUUAUCGACCUCCAAAAAUUCGUCUUCUCAAUUCACACAACUAAAGAGUCACAUAAAUUCUCUUGACGAUGUCGCAGCCUGCAAACUUUAUGAGGAUGAACUCUCAACAUUUUUUGAUGAUAAGUCAUACUUGAUAUCAAACGAUGUGCUGGUUAAUGCACAUUGUGAUGUGAGGAACAAAAUCACUGCUCAUGAAUUGAGCUUCCCGAUAGAUUUACUCGACGAAAAAUUGGCCCCAGCUAGAGACAAAUUUUAUAAACAUGUCGUCAUGCACAAUGAAACAGUUUUACUCUCCAAAUACGGAAUCGAAAAUUUCGAAAAGUUAGGAUACAAAACCUUUCUGUUUGAAAUAUGCAUAUCGAGAGGAACUCAACGAAGUGAAAACUUGAUUGAUUUUUUCUUAUCUGAAGUUCAUAACUCUAUCGAUUCCCUAAUUAAUGUUUAUCAUGGCGAAGGUGACCUUUGGGUUUGGAUACGACAAACAUUAGGUUCCUUAGAGAACGACUUUUUGGAAUUGCAGAAAUUUUUGUACGAUUGUGUCGACCGGUUUGAAGAGGAUGCUAAGUUUAUUCAUAAUACAUCCGAAAAUUGCAAUUCUAAUCCCAUCCAAACUUCUGAUGCUAAAUUUCAUGAGGCGGCUCGCAGAGGAGAAAAUUUGAUUAAUGAUUACUUUUCCAUGCAAUUUAACAUGGUUGAAAGAAUUCAGGAUUUGGGAAAUGAGUUGGCAUUGUUGUUUGUAAAAUACUUGGAUUCAUUUAUGACUCAAACUGUGGAGACAAAGCUAUUUUCUCCAGAAACACUGAACCAACUUUACAAUGAUGUAGAAUCAUUUCUUCUUACAAAUUUUGCAGACAGUUUGAAAAUGAUUUUUGACCAUGAGUUUCAAAAGAUGAGUGACACGUGGGGGUACAAUGGACAAAUGAAGGAUUGUAAUAAAUUACCUGCGGUAACACAUUUAAUGGAAUUUCAACAAAAACGAGGCACAGAAUUUGCAUGCAGUUUGUUUAAGGACGUCUUCCGUAAUAUUUCAGACAGAAACAAGACAAAUGUUAAAAAAACGUAUGACGAGUGUUUCAAAUUAGUGGAGAAAGGUAACCAUGCGUUUGAAUCAGCUAUUAUUGACGGGAUAAGUGACGAGAAGUCUUUCUCGUAUAGUCAAGAAGGUUAUGCUAAACUGUACCUUAGAGAAUUAUCAAGUGCUCGAGAAAAACUGAAAGUGGGGCUGAAUGGUUUGAAAUAUUCUGUUAAAUUAGGGCACAUUCUUUCCCAUUUUGAUAAACAAUGUGAAUCUGCAAGUAAUGUAAUUUUAUCACUGAUUACCCACAAGUUUAAAAAUAACAUUCCUUGUUCAACUGAUAAAGACUUACCCGUAAAAGAACCAGAAAAGCCUGGUUUUAAUCAAGUAGAAAGCAAAUCGUUCGUAAUUGAUCUUAACUUUUGGAGGAUGGAAAUUGUCUCCAGUGAUUUUUCUCAUGAAAAUACAACCAGUAAAAUAUUUAAAUUUCUCCCUUCUUUUCUGAUCACAGAAUCCGGAGUCAUUGUGAGUGGCGAUAGUAACGUACUAAAAAAAGGCCAUCAAGGUGAUUUAUUGUAUCACUUGAAGAGCAUCCUUGAUCCGAACGACUUGUAUAAAGCAUAUCCAUGUUAUGUAAAUGGGGAACUUGCCCCGAAAACAAGAAUCGAUUUAAUCGUAUCACUUUUUCUCGCCGAGAUUAAGCAGAUCAUUGAAAGGGAAUUAUGCAUUAAGUGGGACACAGUGGCAAUAACUGUACCUCUUCGAUUUACGAUGGGACAGCGAUACAUUAUGAAGCAAGCAGCAGCUAUGGCUGGAUUUUUGUCUUGUAUUUUAAUUAACAACACAAGCGCAGCGGCAGUUGAUGCCUUUCUUACUAGGAAAUUGAAUUCAAAGAGGCAGAUGUUUGUUGCAAUUAAGUCGGACGGAGUUUUUGAUUCUGCAAUUUAUUGUUUGGAUAGUGCCACAAGAUCAUCUCCGGCUCAGGUUGUAAGGAUGAUGCACUCUUAUUGCAACAUUCCUGAAAAUUUAUCCGAUAGCUGGUUAAUUGAACAAAAACUGAGAGGGAAAAUUCAAGGAAAAAACUGGACUUUGAUUAGUUGUGCAAUGUCAUUCAAGAAAUUAACAUGUUCCAAGGGCAGAAAUAUUUGCACCUGUGUCUUAAAUAUAAAACAGGAUGAUAUUGGCUGGUCAGGGAACGUGGAAUAUGGCGAGACAGAUGUGGGGUCGUCCAUUUUAUUUGGAGCCUGUUUUAUUCUCUCCUCCAUGGAAAAUUCGGGAAGGCAACCCUAUGUUUUACAAGAGUGUAUUCCGUAUGCAAUCAUUUCUGUGACAGGCUCUGAGACCAGGUGUAUAUUUCAAAAAAAAUCGAACUUUGAAAGUCAGGUUGAGCAUAAAAUUUCUGCGUCCAAGUUUUGGAACGCAAAAAUUAUUGAAGUUUGGAACCAUUGCCAUCGUAUAAUUUGCAAUAUAGAAGUAGAUGUGCAAAAUGCUUCACAAUUUUUGAUAAAAUAUUCCUUAGAUUCUGCAGGACUUUUGAAUGAAUCAUUUUCAUUGAUCGGUAAAAGGACAAAUGCACAGUUGCAAACACCCAGGCUAUCUUAUGUUUGGGAAGAACCUAAGUUAACGGAGAAUCACUUAACGGCAAUAAUUUCGCAGGGCAAUUCAAAGAGUAUUGAUUCAAAAGGCAUUCUAACGAUAAUACGAGGUGUUAAAGACUUCAUUACAAGUGUAGAACCACGAAUAGCCAGUGUUGGAAAUGUAGUUCAAAAAAAGUUCUUAAGCGAUGCUUUAACUGCCUUAAAAGAUGAAAUUGCUAGCCGAAACUGCACUGAAAAUAGCAUUCAGAUUCAAUAUGAUAAACUGAAUGAAUUGCUCAAAAAGUUUAAUGUUGUUUAGCUUUACAUGAGAGUGAAUGAUUUUUGUAAAGUUAUUCACCGUAAAAUAAAAAGUUUCUGAAUAUUUUUAGUUCGUAAAUAUAAUAACUUUUGAUACUCCAUGCAUUAAUCUGUAUUCUACAAUUCUACAUACCUACAUACAGAUGUAAAUAAACUUUACAUUUAUAUUUAUAAA